AUGGCUUUUAAAUUUGCCCUUGCUGCCGUCGUGGCUGGCUCACGAACUGCGCGAGAUGCCCAACAAGACCUCGUCAAUUGCCGAGACACGAAACCUUGGCUCAGCUGUAUCACUGCCUACACCCGAGGCGAGUGCUUCGCCAACAUCGGCUGCGAUCGAACCUGCGGUCAAUGCUCCUCCAGCGCUUGCUACGAUCGAAUUCCGGUGCCACAUGUCAAGCUCUACGAGGAUAACGCCCCGGUCCGCGCGAUGUGGCCAACAAUCGGCAACCAGAACGGCCAGAACUCCUUCCCCGCUCUGAAGGAACUUGAGAGCCGAGAGGGUUUCCCCUUCGAAGAAAGCAGCAUUUCGAAGUUUUGCUUGGACGUUUUCAACAACGGCCUUUGCGAUUCAUGGGAUCAGCUGACUCUCCAUUACGAAGACGCUAGCAUCCUGUUGACUGGCAUGCCAAACGAGUACUGCCAGUUCACCUGCGGAUACUGCAACGAUCAGACGUCCGAUGAUGUUCACAACUCAUGCGUGAAUGCUCACAACAAUAUCAUGACACUUCUUGCCGGGGAGAACAAAAUCCAGAACGUCUUUGAUUACGGACUUGGUGAAGAAACUACCACUGAAGGACCAGCUUCAACAGAAUCACCAGCCAUUGAUGAAGCGGAAGAAGAAGAAGACGAAGGAGAGGAAGAAGAAUGUGAUUGGUUCUGUCAAUUCUUCAGCGGAGGAGAUGCAGAACACUCAAACACCUGGUGGAGAAGGCGACGAUCGGCCAUCCCACUUGAAAAGCGAGAAGUCAUCGUUUCCGCGAUCGAGUCGAUUCUCAAGAACUCCAAUGUUCGAAAUCGCCGAGAAGCAGAAGAGGUCCUCUUUUCCGAGUUUGGCUGGUUUACGAACGAGUUCAACGCUCCAGAAGCCGUAACAACGAACCACGCCGAUGGGUUGGAGAACUGCAACGACAAACUCUUCGCCCAAAACGAUGGAGAUUUGAUCGAGGAAGAAGAAAUUGAGGAAUUUGAAGAAAACGAAGAGUUGAUGAACCCGUUCAGUCAAAUUGCCGAACGUCGAUGGCCACAAGAUAGUGAGGCUAUUCAAAGAUACUUCAACAAAAACUCGAAUGUUAACCUCGGCGAGUGCCAAUGGGUCGAAAUCCCGGCGUCAGCAGCUGAAGAACUUGAAGAUCUCGCUUCGACUGAACUCACUUAUGACUGCUCGAUCAGCUGUCCCGAAGGAACAGCACUUUUCAUUUCCGACAAGGAAGCCUCCGACGAGGAAAUCCGAAUGAACUGCAGCAAAGAUAGUCGAUUCGCCACAAACAUGCAACGGGAUUCUUCUUGCCAAGCUGCCAAUUAUUGUCCCAACAAUAUCUGUGAGCGACUCGAAUGUCGGGAAGUUGAGGAGGAAGAAGGAGAAGAAGUUGAAACUUUUGAAUGGGACUUUUAA